CUUUUGAGAAAGAAUCGAAGUCUGAAUAGCCUGUAGGGCUUCCCCGAAACUCAGAAACGAAAAGUAAAGAAGAAAAAGGACACCGAAAGCAAAGGACUGUGUGCUCCAACAUCAGAAAUCAAAAGGAAUUUCAAAGAAAAAGGAAAAUGAUUCGUUUCUAGAUUUGGGAGGGAGAUGACCCAUGUCUGUUAUCUCACACUCUCCGGGGCCUCGUAAAGAAUAUUUUUUGGUCUCUAGGAAUUUCGGAGGAUCAGCACUAGGGAAGUUACUGAAAUCUCAAUUGAACUUUCCUUGCAAGUGUCCAAUUAGGCAGAUUCGAAUGGCUGCUCACAAUUCUAUCCUAAGUGAAAGCAACAGUGAGUCGAGAGGUGCCUUGAUUGUUCUAGAAGGCUUGGAUCGUAGUGGGAAGACAUCACAGUCUAGUAGCCUACUCAAAUACUUGGAAGGACUGGGACAUUCAGCUGAAUUAUGGCGGUUUCCUGACAGAAGUACAGAUGUUGGGCAAAUGAUAUCAUCAUAUCUUACCAACAAAUCACAAUUGGAUGAUCAUACAGUCCAUAUACUCUUUAGUGCAAAUCGUUGGGAGAAAAGAUCAUUGAUGGAAACUAAACUGAAAUCUGGAACCACCCUCAUUGUUGACCGUUAUUCUUUUUCUGGGGUGGCUUUCUCGUCUGCCAAGGGACUUGGCAUUGAAUGGUGUAAGGCACCGGAGGUUGGGUUGCUGGCUCCAGAUCUGGUGCUGUACCUUGACAUACAGCCAGAGAAAGCUGCAGAGAGAGCAGGAUAUGGAGGUGAGAGAUAUGAACAGCUUGAGUUUCAGAGGAAAGUUGCCCAAUGCUAUGAGGUCCUUUGUGAUGCUUCCUGGAAGAUAAUCGAUGCCUGCCAACCAAUGGAAGACAUCGAGAAACAGCUCCAAGAGAUUGUGUUGGAUUGUGUCACGAUAUGCCAGAAAGGCAAGCCCCUUUCGAACCUCUGGUCAAGUUAAUCCUCUGCCCAUUCUGUUUCUUAAUUUUCUCUUCUUUUUCUCUCCGUGGAAAGGGAUUCUGCAUACGUAUCUCUGCUACUCGCUUUUGGUCUUUCUGAACAUUGUGGCGUGGCGUGGUUUUAAAAUGUUUUAAUUCAGUUCCAGGCCUUGUGACAAAUUGGGGUUUGUAAGUUUAAUAAUCCGGGAUUUCCCUUAUGAUCAGUUAGUUUGGUAACUA